AUGAGACAUGAGAACCAGUUGAAGCUCGAGGCAAAGCUUCAGGAUUUGGAUGUAGAAUGGAAUGGAGGCACCGAAACUAAGGAGGAAAUAAUUGCUAGGAUACAACAAAGGGAAGAAGCUACAGUUAAGCACGAACGAGCAAUGGCUUAUGCACUCUCCCAUCAGUGGAGGGCAAGCUCAGGGAUCAACCAAGGGCCAUUUGUGUAUGAGCUAGCAAAAGGUAACUGGGAAUGGAGUUGGGUGGACAAGUGGAUUGCAGCACAGGCAUGGGAGACAAGGCCUUCUGCUCAGUCUCAAGUUAAGCCAGCCUUGAAAGCCAAUAAGAACGCCAACCCCUCAACCCAGACAGCACCCACUUCAUCAAAGCUUGCAAGCACCGAUGCAAAGUUUUCAAUCAAGAAACCUCCUAAGCAACCGGAUGAAGAUACUACUCUGAAGAUCAUAAAUACUGCCUAA